UUGUGCUGUUUGAGUUAGCUUUACACUGACAGAGACCUUAAACUGCAACAGGUAGAGAUUCACUGAUGGGCAGGACUCCAGAAGCCUGCAGAGACCCAAGAAGAACCUUCUUAUAUUCUGGGAGAUCCAACUAGAGCUUCUAGUUAGGAGAACCAGAACGCAGAACAGAGCAGGAAAUCGCUCUCUGACUGACUUCCUUGUUUGAACUAAAAGCAGAUCUGCUAUCAUGGCUCCAUUGAAACCAUGCCUAAACAAGAAUACCCAGCAAACGGUACGCCUUUCUGCAGCAGGCCAGCGUUUUGAUGAUCCGAAAACAACACAAUUGGAGAAUCAAAUGUGAUUUAGUUGACCUCUUUUCUCUUUUGCAAACCAGUUGCCACCUAAGUCUUUAGAAUGAAUGAUACAGGACUGGAAAAUCAAAGGACGGGACUGAGAGAGGUCUUUGACAUUCUGGUGAAAACACCUUCAGAGCGAUUGCGCAGCUUGACUUUCCAGCUGGGUGAGUCUCCUGAAGACACUCUCGUACACGCUUUGUGUCUCACCAUCCUCCAGAGUCCGGACCGCGCCCUGGAGAAGCUCCGGACACUACAGGACGACCCCCUUGCUAACCAUCUCGCUGAAAAAUGGCAAUCGGGCGAAGGCCAAUUAGAUGAUUUUGGAGAUCAUUGCAGCCAAUUUGAGGCCAAGACGGGAGAGUCCCUGACAUCGCUGGCUAAAGUUUUUAAAGUUUUAUUUGACCAAAGGUUGUGUGACUCAGUUCUGAGGAAUCUUGCUUACAAGAGAGCCCUUUCUAAUGAAUGCUUUAAGACAAGUUCUCUGGGAUAUAACAAUUUUAGAGAGGAAGCCAAAGCUGUAUGCGGGCCUCAGUUUGCGGAGUGGAUGUGUUCCUCCUCUGAUCUCAAAUCAGAGUUUUCGCUCGAUCCAAACAGAUACCUGAGGGAAGAAAAUGCAACAUUAAAAUUUGCUGUGUCUGAGGAUGAGUCUGCAAAGGCUCAGUGCCUCCCCAGCCCUCUGGUGGACAGUCCCUCUGAGCUUUCAUAUCCCUCUCAUCUUGAGAUAAGUCUUCCUCCAACAGAUUCUUUUAAAGGGGACAAAGCAUUUACAGAAACGUCAGGAAACCAAAUACUGAUAGCCCCUUCCAUCCAUCCUGUUAGUGGAAGUCAAACUGAAAAUGUUCAAUCAACAGUGCCUCAGCACACACCAGCUGGAAGAUCCCAGUUUGGAGGAGAAAAUGAAAUUAAGACAGAUGAAGCAUCAAUGAAUACAUUUCAAAGUACCAAAAGUGCAACUUACCCAUACAAGGCCAACAGUGGGACCAAAGCAACACAGUUGGCUUCACAAAGUAUUCUGCCAAAUAUUUCCGGUUUAAAAAGCCCAAGUGAAAGCAAAGAAACUAAAGAAGAGGAGGAGGAAGAGGAGGAGGAGGAAAUAUUUUAUGCAUUUGUUAUCUUGCAUGCUCCAGAAGAUUCAGAUGUGGCGGACAGCAUGAAGGAAAAACUUGAGGCUGCCAUCGGUACCACAGGGGCAACGUUCUCAGAUGAGUUUGCUGUUCCAGGAAAAAGCACUCUGAGGUGUGUACAGGACGCUGUCAACAACUCUGCUUUCACCAUCCUGCUGCUCACACGCAACUUCAACUCACAAAUGCUGGAAAUGAAGACCAACAUCGCCCUCAUCAACUCCAUACACAAUGAACACAAAUUUAACACAGUCAUCCCACUGCUGCCUAUGGACAACUGCAUGCCCCGACGAAGUAUUCCCAUCGCUCUGCAGACACUGGUCCCACUGGAGGAGAAGAGAAACUUUGAAAAAAAACUACAAAAGGUUUUUAAUAGAGCAAAUAUUGAGAGACAGAGAAAGAUCUGGACUGAAGAGCUGAAAAUCAGGAAACUCAAACAGGAAAAAGAGAGGCUGAGGCUUCACAUGGAGCAAAGGCUCGUUCUUGGAGCCAGUGUGCAAAGAGAGCAAGAUGGUGGGGUUUGGUGGCCACAGCAUUCUAACAUUCACAUUGAAAACGCAAAUUAUGUCAUGAUUGGGAAUGACUCUACUAUGACUGUGGGCAGAGGUGGCAGUGAGGAUCAAGACUGAGAAUGGAAGGAAGGAAGGAAGGAAGGAAGGAAGGAAGGAAGGAAGGAAGGA